GAAUCGGAUGGAAGGAAGGCAGCCAGGCAGGCCCCGCUGCCCGACUGACCGUCCUCGACGUCUGCUGUACCGUACCUUUACUCCGGUCUGCGCGUUCUUCAGGAACGUACGUGCCGUUCUCCCAACCGCGCGAUUUCGCCUCGCAAAGGCAGCCGUCAACCGUGACCGGUGCAACGUGCAUAUUCUGCCUUUAGUUUCGAACUCAGUCGUAACAAAUAGGAAAAUCGGUCUCGCUGACGUAUCGACGAUCCAGCCAACUUGUUUCGUACUUCUUCGCAUUGUUCGUCGCCCAUAGAGGAUUCAGUUUUUAUCAACCGCUCAAAGAAAAGAUAGUGAUAUGGCCCAGCUGAUCAACGUCAAACUCUCCAGAUUCGACGGAUCCCCCUGGGGCUUUCGUCUUCAGGGAGGCAAGGAUUUUGGCACACCGCUCGUCGUACAAAAGGUUAAUACCGGAUCGCCGGCGGAAGCGGCUGGUUUGAAGGCCGGCGAUGCAGUUAUCAGGGUCAAUAACACGGAGAUGUACAAUCUGAGGCACAAGGACGCGCAGGAUGUUAUCGUGAGAGCUGGCAACAACUUCGAGUUGACCAUACAGAGAGGCGGUAGUACCUGGAAACCACACGUGUCUCCGAUAAGUUCGGCCCUGCCGUCGCCAUCGCCCACCGCAGGGCUUGGCAAUAUCGCUCCAGUUACGAAGACAUCCUUGGCAGCCAAGAAACAAGAUGGAUCGCACAUCGGAAGCGGUCACAACUUCAGUCCAAAGCCAUUCCUGAAUGGAACGGGAGACGGUUCGAUCAAAUCUAUAGUUAACAAACAGUACAACAGCCCGGUGGGUAUAUAUAGCGAGGAGACUAUCGCGGAAACUCUUUCGGCGCAAGCGGAAGUUCUAGCCGGUGGUGUGCUUGGGGUGAACUUUAAAAAGAACGAGAAAAACUACAACGCGGAGAACAGCGAGGUAUUCAAGAUGGUUCAGGAAGCGGACAAAGAACCAAAGACGCCGGAACCCGUACCUCCGAGAACAGAGUUUUACUCGUCGGUGAGCCAUGCCGUUGGCGGAAGGGCCACUUCGCCGAGAUCACCCACGCCUCUAUUUCAUGCCCUGCACGGUAUACCGGCCGUCAAUUACAAUGAAAGUCCGUCGUCGAAACGUCAAGUGCAACGACAGGAGUCCUCUUCUUCCUCCCCGGCGUCAUCGGUUGUUCGUUGUAGCAACUGCGACCGAGUUCUCGUGGGUGUGUUCGUAAGGAUCAAGGAUAAAAAUCUUCACGUAGAGUGUUUCAAAUGCUCCACCUGUGGCACCUCCCUGAAGAACGUCGGUUAUUACAAUAUCAACAACAAACUGUACUGCGACAUUCACGCGAAACUAGUCGCCAGGCAAAAUGCACCUGCUGGCAUGGUUCCAAUUACCAUACCACCAGGCGGAAAGGCUCCUGCGAGCACGAUUUCCGCUGCGCUCGCCAAUGCACCGUUGUCUCCACCUUUGAGUAAUCACGCAUCAUCGCCCCAACCAUUCUCCGCUUACAACCGUACGAGUCCCGAUUACGGAUUCCCGAAUUCUCAGCUAUCGUCCCCGAAUAGGAACGGCUGCAUCAGCAACGACAACUGCCACUGGGAAUCGAAAACGUUUACGAGCACGAUCACCAUUCAGACCGGUUGUACAGAGCCCACCCGCCUUGGCACUUCGCCCGUCAAUCCACCCAGUUUCCGAUCAGUGCAGGCUCCAGCAUCGAACAAUUUAAUUGGUCCUAAACCCUUCGGAGGAUCGAGUACUACUAUAUCAUCACCACCGCUAGCGAAUACAGGAAAUAGCACUCUACCACGACCUCAGAGUCAGACUGUGACCGAAAGCUCGACGGAAACCCACGAAAAGUCCUACUAUUACGAGAUCGUCGAGGACACCAAGACCGAGUACCGUCCCAGCUCUGUAAAAUCGAAAAGCCUGACCUGGCCGCCCCCAAAGCCGAUCGAAGAUAUUACUUAUCCCACUGCCAGUCCUUUGUACAUCGAUCCUAAUCCUGCCCUCGAUCGAAGAAGUAGACAAGCGGUAAAAGAAAAGAAAGCCUGCAUCGAGGCCUGCGAGAGGGCGCUGACAAGGAAGAGAGACGAAAGCACAGAUAGGGAGGUGGAGAGGGUCACGAAACAGUGCUAUCGCUUCGAGGAAGAACCGAUGGAUCGAGUCAGUUGUCCAGGUCCAGCGUAUAGAAAGGUGGAGCUGGUGGAGAUCACCGGCAAACAGUCGAGAGGCGAGGUAACAUCGAGACCAGGCUCGACCGACGGUGUCAGGAGAUCUCUGACGCCUACCAGAAUCGUUCAGCCUAUACCAAAACCAUGGACAGCCACCGUUACGACAGGCAGCAAUCUGUACGAGCAGACUUACAGCGGGGUCGAGCCUCCCAAAGUGUGCAAGAAGUUCCAUCAGAAGGAAAUCUGUCAGGAGGAAAGGAUAUGCGAGAGGAAUCAACCAUUUCGGGAAGAGCAUCGUUCGUACCGGGCGGAAAUUUGUAGACGCGAACAGACUAUCUGCGAGAAGCCGCCGCUGCCGACACAACACGUGCUAAAGCAAGAAGAAGCGAAGGAGGAGACGACCGAGAUCGACAAGGAGGUGAUAGACUUGAGACCGGCGGACGAGAUCGAAGACGAAGGCACCGUAGGAAUCAAAGGAGAACACGACUUCAUAACGGAGACGUCGGAAGAAGAUGUCGAUGGAAUGCACGUGAAGACGAAAAUGACUUUAGAGAAAACUGUCGAACCGUCACCGAUGCGACCCGAUACCCCGAUGGUGGAGGAACCUAGAGAGGAGUCCAGAGAGGAAACAACGGAGGAAGAAACGGUGGAAAAAGAAGAAGAAACUUACACGAGAAGGACCACCACUCAGGUGGAAAGAGACGUCGAGGACGCUGAAGAAAAGACGGUCGUUGAGUCUGCCGAAGUGGUCACCUCUGCCGUGGAUGUGCAGCAAAUGGUAGAGAAAGCGAAACAGGAAGAGGAGGAGAGAAAGCGGGAGGAGGAGGAGGAGGAGAGACGUAGGCAGGAAGAGGAAGAAAGGAGGAGACGAGAGGAGGAGGAAGAAAGAAGAAGACGGCGAGAGGAAGAGGAGCGAAAACGACAGGAGGAAGAAGAACGAAGCAGACACGUGACUUUCGAGGAAGGUGAGGAAGAAGUGGAAGAAGUUCGAGAACAACCUCUGGGAAGGACGGUCGUUCGCGAGGAAAGAGUGACGGAAGCCGACAGCGACACUCCCGGACGCAAGAAGCUCAUCAAAGAGACUUACGAGGAGAUCACGGAGGAAGUGUUGGUUCAAGAACGCGUCAGAAGAAGAUGCAUCGAAGAUGAGCGCAAAAAGAGUUUAAGAGAACAGGUACAGGUCCACAAAAGUCUGAGGGAUCAACAAGCGCCGAGGGAUCGACGCGUAUGCUCCAAGUAUCCUCCGGCUCAGGAAAUCAUGGAAACGAAUAAAAAACGCGUUCAAUUUAUGAAGCAGACUGAUACAGGCCCGAAACCGAUACCUCAUUCUGCCCUUCAGAAUUCGACUCCUAAAGAGUGGAAGUCUGAAAUGGUGAACGCUCUAACGACCGCGCCUGAUCGACCAUACACGCCUCUCAGUACGUCUUCCAGCAGCGUAAAGGAAGUGUACACGGAGGAAACUAUAUACUUGGACCAUAGGUGUCGACCUAAACCGCCCAAGAAAGAACUUCGACCGAUUUCUCCGUUUCAGGAAGCACUCACGAUCGCUCCGGAACGACCGUACACGCCUCUUAGUCGCGAGAUCGGACCCGAGGACCAGAAAAUCGCCAGUCGUUCUCAGACACCCUCGCUUUACCCGGACGGAAGCGCUCAUUGUCCUCCCGCUGAUAUCUUAUACGGCGAGGGAAGAAGCAGCCGAACGGAACCUCCGCCUAAACCGUGCACUCCUCGACCUUUGCCUACUCCUCCGCCUGAUUUUCGUCUGAGAGAUACUUCCCCAUCUCCGGUGAGAUCGCGACCUCAGACGCCGAGUAGCAAAGUUAUAACCGCUUCUCUGAAGAAACCAGACACUAUUCCGUCGUACCAAAGAAAUUUAGUGGCCAUGAGAAGAGGUGCGGUUGAAAGUCACACGUAUGUGCCGAGCAGAACUCCGACUCCAACUCCAGGAAGGUCUAAAUCGCCUGCUCAAGGACCUCCGGAACCUCCUCCUUGUUACGUGAAGGCUCACGCACCCAGAAUCAGAGAAGAUCCUCCACCAACGAAGCGAAGUUCGAUACAUUUCCCUACUAAAAAGAGCGUGUCUUAUAAAGUAGACGAGGACACCGACGACGGGCAUAGACACGCCGAGUACGCCGCUUCCAAGACCGUAGACUUCGACGAAAAACGCACCGACGAUCCAGGCAAAGAACCCACGGACGCGGUUCAUGCUCAGUAUCAAGAGAAACGGUACAUGACCAGCGAGGAAACGAGCGAGGAGAAGAAAUCGGUGGUGAAGAGAUCGCUCGAAGUCACCGAAGAUUUCGAGAGAUGCGAGAGAAGAGUUCCAGCUCGGCCUUUGCCAGAGAGAACAGAACCACGAGAGAAACCACCUAAAGGCGUAUGUGCCAUUAGCAGAACGAGUCCCUCCAAACCUUCGCUGCUCUGUCCCAUGGUCUCGAAAACGGAAACGAGCUCCGCUGUCCAGCCAGUUUACAGCAGCUCGACGGAAGUGCGUCACGUUAGUUACGGAACUCCAGCAUCGAAACCCUGUCCAGACACCGGUGUAACGGUAUUACCUUGCAAAGCUCACUCCGAUCAAGGUACCAAGGCAGGCGUGGUAGUGGUACCGUGCGAAGGACCGAAUACCUCUUGCCAAAAAUCAGGCGUAUGCGUGGUCCCAACUGCCGAUCGCUCGGGAGUGUGCGUUUCGCCUUGCUUUGGCAUGAAAACUGGAACCUGUGGCCAACCAUCUGGUCGCUGCGGCCGAGAAUCUGCCUGCGAGAUCGAUAUUCCGAACUGUCCAGAGAGCGGAAUCUGCGUGUCACCGUGUCCCGACGGAUCCGUUUGCGUGGCACCCUGCUCCAAACCUGGUCUACCUUCAUCGAGGGCAAAGCUUCCUUUCCCACAGAUCCCUCUACCCUACGAGGACACUUCCACUGCCUGCUCUCAGAAUAAAAACUCCUUCCAGCCUAUUCACAAGCCUCGCACUAAUUUGAGUGGGCAGCUCGCACGACUGACUGCCAAAACUGGCCAGAACGUUCCCACCGUGCAAUUGUACAAGCCCGAAGCUCAGAGCCAAAGCCAAAAGCAAAGCUGCAGCGAGACUAAGAGUUAUUGCUGCACAACCCAAAGCUAUUGUCGUUCCACCGAAACCCGUUGCCAGUCAGGUGAUCAAUGUUCGAUUAACAACCGUUGUCAAACCGGAAAUCAAUGUGGAACCCAAAAUUACUGUCAGGACGGUAUCCAUUGUGAACCCUCUAGUAAUACCCACAGUUUAGUAGACCCACCAAAUUUGUCAUCCCACCCGGAUCUAGGUACCGGAGUCGGUGGUCUCGGUGGUGCCGGGUCGAAGAGCGGAACUUUCGCUGGUAGCAGCGCGCCAAAGCGAGGAAGGGGCAUCCUAAAUCAAGCAACUGGACCGGGAUCACGAUUGCCCCUGUGCGCCUAUUGCAACUCUUACGUCAGGGGACCAUUCAUCACCGCUUUGGGACAAAUUUGGUGCCCCGAUCAUUUCGUCUGCGUAAACACCCAAUGUCGUCGACCUCUUCAAGAUAUCGGCUUUGUAGAAGAGAAGGGCCAACUCUAUUGCGAAUACUGCUUCGAACGUUUCAUCGCCCCAUCUUGCAACAGAUGCAACAACAAGAUCAAAGGCGACUGCCUGAACGCAAUUGGAAAACAUUUCCACCCUGAAUGCUUCAAAUGUUCCUAUUGUGGCAAGCUGUUUGGCAACAGUCAGUUCUUCCUCGAAGAAGGAUUGCCCUACUGCGAAGCUGAUUGGAACGAAUUGUUCACGACAAAAUGUUUCGCGUGUGGAUUCCCAGUCGAAGCUGGAGAUCGCUGGGUGGAGGCCCUGAACAAUAAUUACCAUAGCCAGUGUUUCAACUGCACGAUGUGUAAGAAGAAUCUGGAGGGCCAAAGUUUCUACGCGAAAGGCGGUCGUCCGUUCUGCAAAAAUCAUGCACGUUAAAACGAUUGAUUCUUCCGUUCUAACGCACGAGGAAAAAAAAGGGGAGCGUGGAAAGAAAGGAGGAAGGGGGCGGGGGCGUUGGAAAAAGAAAUAGGAGAAACGAAAAAUAUUACAAAGAAAACGCGUAUCUUAGCUUUACGAGCACGUAUUCUUUCUGCACAAAUUAUAAUUUACCGUGAUUACUUCUUGUUCUUGUUGUAUGUUUUCGAUCGACGACAACUAACCCAACGAAUUGACGCUGACAAGACCGUGAAAUAACCGUAGGACGAUUUGCGAAUAUAUUUAUUUACGAACGAAUCUAAUUCUAUCGAUUAAUUGCAAUUUCCCUGAUAUUCGAAUAUCUUCCGCUGCUUAGAGUAGCAGGACACCUCGAAGUCGGCAAAGUCGAUCGAAAAUUAGAAACAGUGUCCUUCGUACUUCGAGGAUCGCAGUCCCAGAACGAUCACGUUCCUCGAAUUGCCGUGAUCGGCCGCGCUCGUGCUCACUUACGAUAAAUACUAUUUACAUGCGCCCAUGUAACUACCUAAGUAAUUAUACCGACAAUUACAUAUUCAGCUACGUUCGGCCAAAAUGACAAUUAUCGCGUCGACGAUUAUCCAUGCCAUAAAGUCGUAUCCUCGCGGCAAAUAGUCGCGACUCGGUAUCGAACCGACUUUAUAGGCUGCUUGGUAAUUAAUUCCAACGGGGAAAGGGGAAAAAUCUUCGUCAGAAGCGAAAUACAGUCGCGUAAUUCGUGCAAUUCGUGCUUCCGAUUUCGCAGAUUAGAGACUCGCUUGAACGAAAGUACAGAAGAAGAACUUCCUAAGAGGUCAUUGCGUCGGCAAAGUUCCUCGAGUUUCGCUGCCUCGACAUUCCACGACUAAUUGGUGGAUCAAGCAGCCGUAAGAUAUCGAUGAGACGCGAACUCCUUGUGCCUUGCGGUUUCGCUUGCGGCGAGUAAUCACGUUUCCGUGGCGAACAGGUCUCGAAUACCUCGUAAAAUCGUUGCCGCAGAAAAUUCUGCAACGAUACAAUAAACACGCCGACUUGGUCUCCUGCUCGAAUCACGCAAAGGUCAUCCAAGCAAUUAGUAUUACUGGCAUUAUCGCAUAUUUCGCAUUACCAAGGUGUAUCCAACACGAAAAUGUCGGCUUAAUCCUUUGAAGAUUCGAAGAGGAUUAGCUGUCGAUGGAAAUUGUGACAAGCAACCCUCUUGCGAUCUAAUUGCCAAUGAUUCAAAGUAUGCGGAAGAUAAAAGCUGCGAUACAUUUGUCCCUGAUUUCGGAAAUUUUCCAAUUUCGACAAAUUUCUCGCGAUUAUUGGACUGUCUAAGUUGAUCACUUCUUAAUGUCAAAUUUGAAAUUCAACAUCUAAUAAUAUACGGAUACCUGACUGGUGAUUCUGCGUCGUAAGUCACAACGAAUAUCUAUGGUGUACGUGUGGAUUACCAAUGAACGAUAGAGACACUUGUCAAAAUCUCCAUACAUGCGAAUUUCGCCGUAAAUCAUCCAGCGGAACUAUGCCAGUCUGAAAUCAGGCGAUCGAGAACGAGCGAAAUAACAGGCUCGAUUUUCUUCCAGUCGUUUAGUCGGCCAAUCGUUUCACCAAGAAGGUAGUUUUAAUUUUGACGAUUCACGUUCGCAAAGCUUGCGUAAAAUCGAACAAACGAUCAGACACGUGGAAAAUACGCUUCUCGUUCUACUUGAAUAGAUUUUAAGUGUCUAAGUUUCAGGAUAUGCGGCAAAAUUAAAAUACGAAGAAAAGAUUGACUUCGAGAAUCGAGAAAUUCUCGCUUGACAGCAAUUGCCAUGUAAUAUUUUAGAAAAGGUUACCGAUUUCUGUGCCAUUAUUACAGGCUCGUGUCGUAUAGUAGCUACGAUAAGAUGAUAUAUUAGGUAGCGAAGCUCGCAAAUCGGAGGGAAACGUUUAAGCGUACAUUGUUAAUAAUUUAAUGAGUAAGAACACGCGGUGUUCGCGCAAUACGUUGCGUAAACGUGCAAGAAAAAUACCGAGGAACCAAUUCGAUCGAAAGAAUGUCCCUUCGAUCCUGAAAAGCAAUCCCAACGUUCGAUGUUCGAUCGUGAUAGACCGAGGCAAUAUCAUAACGGGCGCAAUUUACGAUUAGUAUUAAUAUUAAUCAGAUCGACUACUAGCUGAAUAUCGCACGAGCUUCUGUAUCCGUGUUACGUGUUGCUUACAAUAAACUAAAAUGUUCAUGUAAA